UGGCAUGCAGACUACGCAACAACAAUGACUAAACAACACAACCACCAUCGUGACCACCGUCCGUCAGGACGACAAACGAUGCCGGACCGUCAAGUGUCAUGCUUUGCACGAGAUUGGCCAUGGUUCAACCAAGAUAUUGAACACUCUAUUUGCUUCCACAGUCCUCACCUCACCACUUCCUUUCUCUUCGUCUCUUCCAACCUUCUUCUCUCUUUGCUCUUCUUUUGUCUCCGUCAUUCUCGUCCUUUCUCUCUUUCCCUUCUUCCUCUCAUCCCCCUUCUCCAGGUGCUCUUGCAGACAGAUUACUGGUCAGAGAACUUCUUCUGUGACCUCUAUCAACACUAACUCAUCAGACCCACUACGCACACGUACCCGUCAGAAUGAGCGCCGAAAUUCCAUAUAGCAGUGACCAGGACUAUGGCAGUCUCCAACCGAAGAUUUACUAUCACGACGUGGACGAGGAAAAGCAAGAGAUCGUUCUAUGGUCAAAGGAUGAUGCGUCGAAAGACCGGCCUUCAGCACAGUGGAAGCCUGGGCCAUUUAUAUCUCGGGUCCCUACACCGUCUCGCCCCCCUCGCCCCUCUCGACAGAACCCCUAUGACCCCUUCUUCGUCCCUGCCACGGUCCUCGCAGCAUCAGCAUCUUCCCAACCUUCUUCCACGUUCGCCAGCCUCCCGACAGAGGUCCUGACGAUGAUCUUCCGUCACGUCAAGACCCCCCAUCAUCAAGUCUGUCUCGCCCUCACCUGCAAGACCAUGGCCCACGUCGCGUCGUAUCCAGACAUAAUGGCUGGCUGGCGCGGCUGGCGCGACAAGACCCUCCUCUUCUACCUGUUUCAGAAGCCCGACAGACAACUCACCACAGCCAACUAUUAUAUCCCACCACAUCUUCAUCUCUGCCGCGCCUGCUUCCGCUUUGUGCCCAAUGAUCCCGAGUACUGGAAGGAGAAAGUCGCAUCAAGAAAGGGGUACACCUCUAGAGCCAUCGAUGACUGGUCGCGUCACGUUACUGGGAGGUGUCCGGAUUGCGAUGCAGAGGGGUACAAAUCGUAUUCGAUGCAGGACGAGUACCACAGGGACGGGUGCAAUGAGGACAGGUGCACUGGGGACAUGUGCUUGGAGCUGAUGUCCAGAAUGAGCAGGCCUUGAGUAGAUAGGCAUGUCGGCAUCAUGGAGUGACUUGGCCGCAUUUGAUAGCGAGGCGUUGGCCAUUGUGCCUGGAGUGUUCUUAGAGUAUCAGGUUACGUACAUUUCGUUGUCGACGGAGACGACGCCCUUCCUGAUCUCAAUAAGCGGUUAGAAGUUCAUGUUUGAGGGCCUGUUUUGUGCGCUCC